AUGUGUGCGGAUGACUCGCCCAGGAUUCACAGCCAAGGUGCCAGUUGUUCUUCCUGCAUAGAAAGAAAACCUAUUUCAGGCAAAACUGUAACCUCAGGGACGCUCCGGAAAGUACUGAGUCGCAGGACGGAGUCGCGUAGGUGUCCUGCCCAGACCCCGCCCACUGUCCCGCCCGCUCCGUCCAAGCCCGCCCUGGCCCCGCCCACCCACCGCCCGCCUGGGCCCCGCCCCCUGCCCCGCCUCCUGCCCCCGCGGCCGGCCGGCCGGUCCCUCUGCGCGCCGCCUUCCGCGUCCCGGCGGGGCGAGCGCCUGUGCGCGUGGGUCCCGGGCGCUGGGCGGCGGUGCUGCUGCGCGGGACGGCUGGCCGCAGCGCUCGGGAGAGGAGAUGCGGGGGUCUCCGCGACCCCUCCGCCCGCCUCCCAGGCCCGCCCCGCCGCCCCUCGCUGUCGGGGAGGUGCUGGGGUGGGAUGCUUGGGGCCGGGCGUCCUGGAGCCCCCGGAGCCGCCCUUCCCGGCCGCACCGCGCGCGCGCAGCCCCCGGCCCGGCCCGACCCCUGCCCGACCCGGCGGGGGGUCCCCGCGGCACCGGACCGCGAGGGUCCCGCAGGAGGGCUGCGUGGUGGGAUCCCCAGGAAUGGGGCUCCCCGGCCCCGCUCCGUCAGGACCACGGGGCGGACGGGAAGUGCGCGGCGGGACCCCGGCAGGACAGGCGCGGCCUCGAGGACCCGCGGCGCCCCUGAAACGACCCCGCUCCUGGGAAGGCUCCGCGGUGUCCCCGCCGGCGAGGCGCGCGUCCAUGCCCCCACCCGGAGUGUGCUGUGCGGAGAGUCUGUUCUGCCAGUCUUCAGGUCAUUCUCCGGUCUACACUGACGUGGGUGUUCUCCAGCUGUGUCUGGGAUGAGGUGAGCCUAAGGUCAUCCUACUCCGUCUUCCUGAACAGCGUCUUUAUUUCAUUUUCAUUCUUAAAAACUUAUUUGCCCUGGGCAGUCAUAUUCCUUUUCCUAUUAACAUAUAAUGUAUUAUUUGCUCCAGGGGUACAGGUCUCUGAAUCGUCAA